CCCAUCUCAAUCUUCCCCCUCAAUGGAGACCUUUGCAUAACCCAUAGCGUCAUCCCGCAAGAAUUGCCCCACCGUCAUUCCUGCGGAAGCAGGAAUCUAAAAACGCUGUCUGCAAGGCUACGAUGCCUUGGAAGAGGGGCCUUAGAUUCCCGUCCCCGUAUCGGAGUACGGGGCAAGCUUCACGGGAAUGACGGAGAAGAUAGCCUCUUCUAG